AUGUCCUCGGACGUUUGGAUUACGCGCUGUAAGUGUUCGGUGAAAUGCCUGAAUGAAAUUGAAGGUUUCAAAAGCUGCGCUCUUAUUCACCUGGAGAGAAGAAGGAGACCACCUUGCAAAUCAGAAAAUGGGAUAACAACAGAGAGUCCUUUGUCAAUAGAACAAACUCUCAGCUCCUCUAAUGGAGUUUAUGAAUUGGGCUUCUUCAGUCCUAAUAACUCGCGGAAUCUGUAUGUUGGAAUCUGGUUCAAGGGUAUCACUCCCCGGACGGUUGUGUGGGUGGCCAAUAGAGAAACCCCUGUUACAGACCCCAAGGCAAAUCUAACUAUCAGCAGCAAUGGAAGUCUUCUCUUAUUGGAUGGAAAACGUGGCAUUGUGUGGUCCGCCGGAGAAACUUCUGCAUUUAACGGGUCUCAUGCAGAGCUUUCAGAACUCGGAAAUCUUGUUGUCAUAGACAACGUCUCAGGAAGAUCUCUAUGGCAAAGCUUUGAGCAUCUUGGUGAUACUAUGCUCCCUUUGUCAAGCCUGACUUACAAUCUUGCCGCCGGUGAGAAGCGUGUGUUGACCUCUUGGAAAAGUGACACUGAUCCAUCGCCUGGCGACCUUGUGGUUCAGAUUACACCGCAAGUGCCAUCACAGGCGUUUACUAUGAGAGGCUCGACGCCUUAUUUUAGAACCGGUCCAUGGGCUAAAACAAGGUUCACAGGGAUACCGGGAAUGGAUGAAACAUUAACAAGUCCAUUUAGCUUUCAGCAGGAUGCAAACGGGUCAGGGUCUUUCUCUUAUAUAAACAGAAACUCAAAACUUUCAUGCUUAGUUUUAACCUCAGAGGGCAUAUUGAAGAGGUUUCAGCAUAGUGGGACUGACUGGGAAGAAACCUAUGGGUCUCCAGCCAAUUCAUGCGAUUCUUACGGUGUAUGUGGACCUUUUGGUUUGUGUGUUAGGUCAGCAUCAUCACCAAAGUGUAAAUGCUUCAAAGGGUUUGUGCCAAAACACGCUGAGAAGUGGGAAAGAGGAAACUGGACUGAUGGUUGUGUGAGACGCACCGAACUACAUUGUCAAGGAAACUCUACUGGCAAAGAUGUAAACAUCUUCCAUGCAGUUGCCAACGUAAAGCCUCCAGACUUUUAUCAAUUUGCAGCUUCUGUGGAUGCUGAAGACUGCUACCGAAGUUGCCUCCAAAAUUGUUCUUGCUUGGCCUUUGCUUAUAUACGUGGAAUAGGGUGCUUAAUCUGGAGCCGUGAGCUAUUGGAUGUAGCGCAAUUCUCUAAGGGAGGAGAGCUUCUUUCCAUUCGUCUUGCUCGCUCUGAACUAGGUGGAAAUGAGCGCAACAAGACCAUUGCUGCUAGUGUUGUGAGCCUUUCUCUUUUUGUGAUAUUGGGAUCUGCUGCGUUUGGUUUCUGGAGAUACAGAGUGAAACAUAAUGCUAUAUCAAAGACUGCUUCAAAAGAUGAAUGGAGAAAUGAUUUGGGACCACAAGAUGUCUUUGAGAUGCAUACCAUUCAAACUGCCACCAAUGAUUUCAGCCUCUCAAAUAAACUAGGACAAGGUGGAUUUGGCUCAGUUUACAAGGGAAAACUGGAAGAUGGGAAAGAGAUUGCUGUAAAACGUCUUUCUAGCAGCUCGGGGCAGGGCAAAGAAGAGUUCAUGAAUGAAAUGGUACUCAUCUCAAAACUACAACACAAAAACUUAGUUCGGAUUUUGGGAUGUUGCAUUGAAGGAGAAGAGAGGCUAUUAGUUUAUGAGUUUAUGGUUAACAAAAGCCUUGACACUUUUCUCUUUGAUUCAACGAAAAGGCUUGAGCUUGAUUGGACUAAGAGAUUUGAUAUCAUUCAAGGCAUUGCGCGUGGACUUCACUAUCUCCACCGUGACUCAUGCCUUAAGGUCAUUCACCGAGAUCUGAAGGUUAGCAAUAUUCUUCUGGAUGAGAAAAUGAACCCAAAAAUAUCAGAUUUUGGACUGGCUCGGAUGUAUCAAGGAACUGAAUAUCAGGACAACACUCGCAGGGUUGUAGGAACGCUAGGAUAUAUGUUUCCUGAGUAUGCAUGGACAGGGAUGUUCUCUGAGAAAUCUGACAUCUACAGCUUCGGAGUUCUUCUCUUAGAAAUCAUCAGCGGGGAGAAGAUCUCAAGAUUCAGCUAUGGCAAUGAAGAGAAAACCCUUCUUGCAUAUGCGUGGGAAUCUUGGUCUGAAGAUGGAGGAGUUGGUCUUUUGCAUCAAGAUCUUGCUGAUUCAUGUCACCAGUCUGAAGUUGGAAGGUGUGUUCAGAUCGGCUUGCUCUGUGUUCAACACCAACCUGCAGACAGACCCAACACACUUGAGUUGCUAUCUAUGCUCACCACAAAAUCAGAUCUUCCUUCGCCAAAACAACCCACAUUCGUAGUGCACACGAGAGAUGAAGAAUCCCUGGGUUUGAUCACCGUCAAUGACAUGACACAGUCUGUGAUCCAAGGGCGUUAA